AUGGCUGGGCAGUAUCCGAACGAGGAGGCUCGGGAGGAUCGCCACGGCACACGACGGCACGGCGGCACACAGUGCGACGCGACGCGAGACGCCGAGACCGCGACCGACGGACAGCGCGCACUUUCCCUCUGCGGCCUCUACCCUGUGCCCGUGCCCGUGCCCGGGUCCGACGAUUUCUCGAGCCGAGCCUGCUCGUUGAAGACAAGACGUGAACGACAGGGCGACGAUAUCAAUAGCUUCUUUUCCACAGAGAUACAUACGUAUAUAUCGCUUUGCGAGACGCUCGAUUCGUCAGUAUCGCUCGUUGCGCGCGGCUGGCUGGCGAUCGCGUCUGUUUUAUCGUGCUCAAGACGAGAGCACGUGGCCGCGCCGAAGAAAUUUCCCUCCCGGACGAUGACGACAAGCAGCGUCGCCGGGCCGAUCGGCGCGGAAGUGGUCCACGUGUCGACGGAACGCGGCCGCGGAAGCAUCAAGGACGGCGCGAUCGAUUUCCUGGCCGGUUCGCUCGGCGGUGUAGCACUUGUCUACGUGGGCCAGCCGUUGGACACGGUGAAGGUAAAGAUGCAAACCUUCCCGUCCAUGUACAAAGGCAUGGUAAAUUGUUUUCUGCGUACGUUAAGGACAGAUGGUAUCGCAAGGGGUUUGUACGCCGGAACGAUCCCGGCGGUAGUCGCCAAUGUAGCCGAGAACUCGGUGUUGUUCGCGGCAUACGGCGGAUGUCAAAAAGCAAUUGCUCAUUUAUCAGGUGUACAGAGCGUAAAGGAGCUCAGCUCCUUCAGCAACGCCUGGGCCGGCUUCUUCGCCGCGUUCUUUUCCUCGCUGACGCUGUGCCCAACGGAGUUGAUAAAGUGCAAGCUACAGGCUAUGAGGGAAGUUGAACAGAUGCAAGCGACAACUGGCAAGGAAAAAUCCACGCGACCUCGCAUAGGACCGUGGAGUUUGACGAGGCAGAUUCUGAGAGAGCAAGGUGUAAAAGGAAUGUUUACAGGUCUCUCGUCGACGAUAGCCCGCGAAAUGCCGGGCUAUUUCUUCUUCUUCGGUGGCUACGAGGCCACGAGGGAGCUGCUAGCUGCGAAGGGUCAGAAUAGCGAUGAUAUUGGCUGGCAAAAGACAAUGGUAGCUGGUGCGGUCGGUGGCGCGAUGCUCUGGCUAGCGAUAUUUCCAGCCGACGUCGUUAAGAGUAGGAUACAGGUGCAGAACUUGAAAACACCCGCCUUGAUAGUUUUCAAGGAUAUCGCGCGGCAAGAAGGCAUCGGCGCGCUGUAUAACGGAUUGACGCCGACUUUAAUCAGAACGGUACCAGCGACCGCGACACUGUUCGUCACUGUCGAAUACACGAAGAAAGUUAUGCACAAUUAUUUCUAAAAAUCUGUUUCAACAUUUCCGUGUUCUUACGUGACCUGAUACCCCACGAAUAUCCUACGUACGAAAGC